ACCUGUUGGUAAAGUUUAGCCUGCUCCUCCAGAGCUGUAUGUAACGUUGUAGAGGGAUACUGGCAGUCGUACACUGGUUAUCUCUUUUUAAUGUCGAAGACGAGAUGACGAGUCCGAUAUUUUAAACUUUUCAUUUUGUCUUGCGUAAAACUAAACGAAACGGUGGACUCGGCUUUUGAUUUGACCUAGAUUUGUUUUGUCUCCAGUAGGAGCCUACAGGUACUUUAACGUUAGCUAGCUAAUCCGGGCGAUAACUAAUCCGAGUUUGAUAAUCCUUUCACACUUCUCUUCAACACGCCGUUCAAGAGAGUAGAGGAGGAGGAGGAGGAGAAGGAGGAGGAGGAGGUUCCGUCAAGAUAAACACUGGAGGUGGAGAAGUAACCGCCGUUAGUUUGGUGGUUGGACAUUUGUCAAACCGAAUGAAAAGUGACGUGAAAUAUGUAGUUUAAGGACGUUAUUUGGUUUGAAAGUAUGCACGUUAAAGUUGAGGUCGUGAAACGGAAACGCGACGAAGCUGGUGAAAGUGAAAGGGUCACUUUAGCAGUAAUUGCCAGUGGAGUACAGCUCCCCAGCGCAUGAGACCUCUACCCAGUUUUGCGCCGACACGAUGGCAGUCUGCGGAAGAAGGAACCGACCCAAGUUACUAUUCAUCCUCUUCGGAGUCACGUUAGUGGGAUAUCUCAUUUUUUUGAGACACAACUCCGGAGACGUGAGCGACACGAACCGACGAGAGGCCUCUGGAGGGCGAGAGGUGGCGAAUGAACAGCUUAAGAAGCCCGUCUAUGAGAAGCCCCCCCUGGAUUUAAAUGCCCUGGGUGAGUUGGGGAGGGCUGUCAAACUGAAUCUGAACGGCGAGGAGAAGAUAAAAGAGGAGGAAAGCAUCAAAAAGCAUCAGAUUAACACUUAUGUCAGUGAUAAAGUGUCACUACACAGAUGGCUGCCAGAGAGAUGGAACCCACUCUGCAGAGAGCUGAAGUACGACUACCGGUCCUUGCCGACAACCUCUGUGGUGAUCGCUUUCUACAACGAGGCCUGGUCCACCCUUCUGCGGACAGUCCACAGCGUGCUGGAGAUGUCCCCUGACAUCCUGCUGAAAGAGGUGGUGCUGGUGGACGACUACAGCGACAGAGCUCACCUGAAGGAGCCAUUGGAGAAGUACAUCUCAGGUUUGAGGAAGGUGCGACUGAUCCGGGCCACCAAGAGGGAGGGGUUGGUGCGGGCCCGGCUAUUAGGAGCAUCCAUUACCACGGGUGAUGUGCUGACCUUUCUGGACUGUCACUGCGAGUGUCAUGAGGGCUGGUUAGAGCCCCUGCUUCAAAGGAUCAAAGAGGAGCCGUCAGCUGUGGUGUGUCCUGUCAUUGAUGUGAUAGACUGGAACACCUUCCAGUAUUUAGGGAACUCCGGUGAACCUCAGAUUGGGGGGUUUGAUUGGCGGUUGGUCUUUACCUGGCACGCUGUCCCAAGCCACGAGCAGCAACGCCGUCGCUCACCCACUGAUGUCAUUAGAUCUCCUACUAUGGCAGGUGGUCUGUUUGCUGUGAGCAAGAAAUAUUUCCAUUACCUGGGGACGUAUGACACCGGGAUGGAGGUCUGGGGAGGGGAGAAUCUGGAAUUCUCCUUCAGGAUUUGGCAGUGCGGGGGCAGCCUGGAGAUCCACCCAUGCUCCCAUGUGGGUCAUGUGUUCCCUAAAAAGGCCCCUUACUCACGGAGCAAAGCUCUGGCAAACAGCGUGAGAGCCGCUGAGGUCUGGAUGGAUGAAUACAAAGAGGUCUACUACCAUCGAAACCCCCAUGCACGACUGGAGGCCUUUGGAGACGUGACGGAGCGGAAGAAGCUUAGAGAGAAGCUGGGCUGUAAGAACUUCAGGUGGUACCUGGAUAAUAUUUACCCCGAUAUUCACGUCCCAGAGGAUCGUCCAGGCAUGUUUGGAAUGCUGAAAAACCGCGGCAAGACCAACCACUGUUUUGACUACAACCCUGCAGAUGAACACAUCGUGGUGGGCCAAAGAGUCAUCCUCUAUCCAUGCCACGGCAUGGGUCAGAACCAGUUCUUUGAAUACUCCAUGGAUGGUGAGAUCCGUUACAACACAAGGGAACCUGCUGGAUGCAUUGUGGGUGACAACAUCAGCACAUACCUGACUGUCCAGCCAUGCAAAAAGCGAGGGCAACCUAUACCAGUGGACCAGAAAUUUGUCCUCCGAGAAGAUGGCAGCCUGUACCACGUGAUGAGCCAGAAGUGUGUUGAAGCAAUAGAUAAGACCGACAACGGGACACCAGCGCCAUCACUCCAACCCUGCUCUGGGAGCCUCCACCAAAAGUGGUUCUUUGAGGAGAGAACAUAAUAGUAUCAAUCUAGAAUAUACAAUAUGUAUACAAAUACUUUUAAUUCAGGGCCAGUAUCCUGAGGAGGGAUUUGACUGAAUUGAAUUGCUAAAUGUUUUUUGAUACGUUUGCCUUGCUCUAAAAGGAGCCCAAAGGAGAAGAGAGGCACAUGUGCUCUCUUCCAAACAUCAAUCUUUGCACAUUUUUGUGCCAGCUGGAUUUAAUGGACCAAUAAGUAAUUAUACUGACUACUUACUUUCUGAAGUAUUUUUGAAUAUAUAUGGGAACGAUUUUCUUUCUUGGAUGCUGUUGCUGGGAGACAGGAGCCUACUGGAAUAUACAUUGAUUUUUCUAAUCAUGGAAAUGCUUGAGAAUCAGUGAUAACCUGCACAAUUGUACAUGCUGGAAUUUUUCUUUGUUUUUACUCACUCCACUACUGGUGCAAUCUUGCGCUGAAACAUGUGCAUCCAUCUGAAUGAGAACAAAUGCUUUAUACCUCUGUCAACAAACCCGGAGCUUCUCGUCAGCUUGUGGCCGGCAUUUUCAGAGGCACAUCAUGAAGCAUAUUAAAAUAUUGUCGUCUUCUCCUGUAGAGGGGGCCAACGCUCCUCUCUGCAAGUUCUGUUCUAUCACUGUGUUCUGUAUUUGUCAAGAGAAAGUGGGACAAAUCUUCAGGUAUUUUGUUAAGAACCUUUCAGGACGUUUUGAGUGCUUGCUACUCUUACACACCAGUGGCUUAGAAAAAAGCCUCGGAUCACAGGCAUUAAUGCAAGUACCUAGUACCUCUUCAACUUAAUCACCUAACUACUGAUAACAGGAGAAACUCCAGUCUCAUUCCGUUCUGCUUUGACUGAAGUCACUUUGCAAUGCAAAUCUAACUGAAGUAAAAUGACACGAGUCAUUUUACACGAGUCAUUUGACUAGUUUUUCAUAGUAAGCGCUUUUUUUUUCAGUGUAGUGUCACUUGGUACUUGCGUCUGUAUAGUGCUCUUUAAAUGAUAUGCAGCUUCAAAAGACUAAAUCAUAGCCAUAUUUUAUGGAUUUACUUCAUGUGGUGUCAACUGUUUGUUUGAAAUGAUGUAUUCUCUAGAUGAGACUAAAAUUAUUGUUAUUUCAUAGCUUCACGGCAGACAUAUCUCAACUUUAGUCUUAACUAAGUGGGAAUUCAUACAUUUACUGCUGGUAAAUGUAAAUGCACAGACAUUGAAUUUGUAAGGUGGGAACUGGAGCUUCUUCUUCAUCUUACCUGUCCAUUUGGAGCCCACAUAAAGUGCCUGAUGUAAAAAAAAAAAAAAAAAAAAAAGAUCCUAUUUAAAGAUUCCCCCCCAGGAAAUGCUCUUGUACUGAAUGUAUAUAUUGUCACGGAAAGACAGCAGUAGUCAGAGUGAUGACAGAGUGUCUGCACACUUACAGUAUGUAUGCUCCCCUGCUGAGAAUAUGCACAAGCAAGGAGGCAUUCCCUUGAGUGUAUGCAUAUUACUCUGGUGGGUUGGACUGGUUUGUACACAUUGCUUCUGUUUCCAUCCGUCAGAAUCAGACAACUAUAGAUCUCCCCUGUUCUGAGCUGUGGUCACUUGUGUGGUGGUCCCCCAGGCUAUGCUGCGGGACCAAGGGAGACUCAGUAGAGGGGUAGACUGUUGUGGGUGUCUCCAGAGUGCUGGCAAUGCCAGAUGGCUGCCUGAUUGAUUUUCCAGACCUCUCCCAAUUCUUUAUCACCACCCUUUCCUCUCUGUGUCAGAGAUGCACAAUGGAGGUUUUAUCUUUUGGACCAGCGCCAGCCAAAUCCUCCUCAGAUGAGCACUUGUAUACUUGUGUGCUUGAGGUUUGAUUUAUGAACAGAAGUCAUCAAGAGUACAGUUUCUGGUAACAGAAGCAGAUAAUGGAGGAGACUGAAUGAAGCAAUUGGUGACCUCUUUCUUACUAUUAACCUCCGCAGGCUGUUGGCCCAUCAGUCUCAAAGGAGCUUUGUUAGGAAUUGAUGUUAGGGGGCGAUCGUACUUAAAUAGAUUUUUACUAUUGAUUCUGAAGGUGUACUCACAGUCAACAUAAGAUAAAUGGAGUUUGGAGUUUGCCAGUACCACAACGGGGGAGUUGAAUAGAAUCCUUUUAUUUGCCAAAUAUAAUGAAUGUACAGUAAUGUGUGAAGGUGAUGUUGCAGGAGCAUGCUAACAUCUGUGCAUAUGAGCUCACAUAGUACAAGCCCAAGGGGACAGUGCAAGAUGUGCAAAGAAAUUCUUACUGUACAUUUACAAUCCUACAGUGCAUUGGAAAAGAGUAUUAUCGAAUAGUUGAGUAAGGUGAAGGCACACGAUAAGUUCCAGGCAUAUUGGAUUAAAGUCCAUAAAGGCUUUCACCGGCAUUAUGAGUGGUACAUAUUUGUGUUGAUAAUAAGUGAAAUGGACCAAAUAACCAAAAGGAAGAUUAUGGUCAACACCAGAGAGGGAGGGGAGGGAAUUUUUUGGGUGAUAAAGGUAAAAAGGGCUGGUAGAGUAUGGUGACAAUUUCCUACAGUAGCUGUGCAUGGUCCCUAGCAAUCCUGCAAAGUCCCGUUGGCUUUUCCCAUUGAGUUUCCCGUGAUUUAAGACUUGAGAAAGUUGCUUUGGAACAGGUGAAAUUGGCCUCUUAAUACAGUGCUCAUGCUUUAUUUAUUGAACACUUAAGAAGUGACAGCUUUACCAUUUGCAUCAGUUCGUGUCUUUAGCCUGUGAGUGCAGUAUAAAUAUUCUAUCCUCUUAUUAAAAAAGGGUUAUUUAUUGUGGCCAUCUGUUAUUCCAGACAUGUCCUAGAUAGUAAAAGAUUUUUUACGGUGGCGUUAUAUUGUAUGCUAAUUUAAUAUGGUCCACACAGCCGCAAUAAAAUUGAUAUUUGCCAGUUGGAGCCGUAUCUUUCUGGCAGGUCAUAUAGGGCUUUUGUAUCCACCAAACCUGUGUCGUAAACAGUAGCGAUAUUCCAGGGAUCUGUUGAGAUUGUAUCACCUUGUCCUAAUGGACAAUGCAGCGCUGCUUUACAAUAGGAUGCAACAUUUUCUGUUUUUAAUGAUUAACAAAUCCCAGUGGAGACAUUUCAGUUAUUUAAGCGGUAAACAUGCACAAAUAAUAAUAAUGCUGGAAUUCAACACCGUGUCUGGUGUGGUAAUGCUGUCGGUAACCCUAGCGGCCUUAUGUUGUUAUUAGGAAAAUGAAGGAUGUACUGAACAUUGUUUUUGUAUUUGUUCGGCCCAAUAAAUGGACCACAUCUGAUGUCAAUGUACCCUUUUAAAUAUUGUCAAAUGAAACUCAAAAUAAGUAAAAACAAACUUACUCAUGGA